UUAUCGUAAGUUAAAGCAAGCUCAUGCUUUUGGGGUUCAACUCUGUAGCUUUUGUCACUAGACAUCCGUUAUGUCUUGGUUUGCUGAUCUUGCUGGAAAGGCAGAGGACCUUCUCAACAGAGUCGAUCAAGGAGCUGCAACAGCUUUGAGCAAAAAAGACAAUACAGGGAAAGUAAUAUAUGAUAAUACGGAUUUGGAGUCUGCUAGUGAAUAUCCUGAACUGCACCAGCAAACCAGAGAAUUAACAUAUCAAACAUCAUCUAAAGCAGACUAUAUUUCAACUGCAGCUGAUAAUAUUAUACACCAGAAAGCUACAAUACUAGCUGGAACUGCAAAUGUAAAAGCAGCAGCCAGGACGCCUUUAGAGGGCUCUCCUCCAGCCGAGAGUGUUUCCAUACCCAGACCUUCUUCCCAGUUUGUGAGAAGGAAAAAGUCUGAACCUGAUGAUGAGCUUCUGUUUGAUUUUCUCAAUAGUUCUGAGAAAGGAACUAAUGGAAGGAUGGACCCUAAAAAGGAAAAGAACAAGGCAGUUCUUCAAAAUCACUCUCAGAAUUCAAGCAUUAAUUCUGUGCCUAUAAGUACACAAAAUAUAAAAACUACUGAAGACCAUUCUAUCAGGAGUCCAAGCCAUGAAACUCGUGACAACUCUGAUUCUGGAUUGGGUACAGAAGUAGAUGUAACAAAAGGUUCAUCACUAAAUACAGCAACUAAUCCCAACCUAUCAGCUAAUGAGGAUUGCAAAUCACACGAACUGUCCAAUCUUCGUCUGGAGAAUCAACUGCUACGGAAUGAGGUUCAGUCUUUAAAUCAAGAAAUGGCUUCAUUAAUUCAGAGAUCCAAAGAAACACAGGAAGAACUAAAGAAUGCCAGAGCCAGGGUAGACAAAUGGAAUGUUGACCAUUCAAAGAGUGACAGGGUGGUUCGAGAACUUCAAGCUCGGGUUGAUGAUCUUACAGAAGCUGUUUCUGCCAAGGAUUCCCAGCUGGCUGUGCUGAAAGUGCGGUUGCAAGAAGCCGAUGAGCUAUUGAGUACUCGGACAGAAGCUCUGGAUGCACUACAGAGUGAAAAAUCAAGAAUAAUACAAGACCAACACGAAGGGAGCAGCCUACAGAACCAAGCCCUUCAAACUCUGCAAGAGAGGCUACGUGAGGCAGACUCCACACUGAAGCGUGAACAAGAAAGUUACAAACAGAUGCAGAAUGAGUUUGCAGCUCGCCUUGGUAAAAUGGAAGUUGAGCAGCAGAACUUGGCAGAAGCAGUUACUGCAGCAGAACGAAAAUAUGUGGAUGAAAAGAGAAGGGUGGAAGAGCUUCAGCAGCAAGUCAAAGUAACUAAAACCAACUUUGAGUCGGUUAAACAGGAAUUGGUGGACUACAAAAACAAAGCUACUCGUAUACUCCAAUCUAAAGAAAAGUUGAUAAACAGCCUAAAAGAAGGCUCUGGUAUUGAAGGACUAGAUAGUCUUACUGCAAGUACCAUGGAACUGGAAGAACUGAGACAUGAGAGAGACAUACAGAAGGAGGAGAUACAGAAAUUAAUGGGGCAGAUACAGCAGCUGAGAACUGAGCUCCAGGAUACGGAGGCUCAACAAGUAAGCGAAGCCGAGUCAGCAAAAGAACAACUUCAAGAUCUCCAAGAGCAGAUAGCAACCCACAAAAUGGCCAAACAAGAAGUGGAGGCUGAACUGGAACGGCAAAAACAGGAGCUCCGUUAUAAUGAGGAAGAAUUGUACCGGACAAAGAAUACUUUGCAAAGCAGAAUACAAGACAGAGAGGAAGAAAUUCAGAAACUCAGAAAUCAGCUCACGAACAAGGCUUUGAGCAGCAGCAGUCAGUCAGAGCUGGAAAAUCGGCUUCAUCAGUUGACAGAGACUCUGAUUCAGAAGCAGACCAUGUUGGAGAAUCUCAGCACAGAGAAGAACUCCCUUGUCUAUCAACUAGAACGCCUUGAGCAACAGCUUAAGACUAUCCAAGGCAGUAGUACCAAUGGACCUACGAUUAAUAUGUCAGGAAUUGACAGCAGUGAAGGUGCUCGCAUGCGAAGUGUUCCUGUCCUUUUUAGUAGUAUAGACCAGUUUAGCAUUCGACUAGGAAUCUUUCUAAGGCGAUAUCCCAUAGCAAGAUUAUUUGUAAUCAUUUAUAUGGCAUUGCUUCACCUCUGGGUCAUGAUUGUUCUGCUUACCUACACCCCAGAAAUGCAUCAUGAUGGUCCAUCUGGAAAAUAAACUGAGACUCACUUUAUGCUAAUGCUCACUGUAUUCUGGAUUGGGUGUGUUUAAAGUGAACAGUACUGAAAUAAGGGAAAUCUCUUUCCUGGCAUUAUCUAUGGAAGAAAGACAACUGUCAUACCUAUUUUAUCACUGCUUUUAAAGACUUAAAUUAUUGGACUAAUGUUAUUGCAUAGCUCCUUGAGUUUGUUUAAAACAGCAGCGGUUUCCAGGGAAAAGGCAAUUGUUAAGCAUAGCCUUUACAUUUUACAUACAUUUUCUGAUGGUUCAUGUAUAAUAAUUCACACCUGCAUAGAGGUAUGAAGAUUUAAAAGAUAACAGCUGUAUAUGAUACAUACUAGAUCAUACUGGGCAUGGGCUAUAAUCAGGGAAACUAACUGUACUUAACAAUUUAAAUAAAUUUAUUCUUUCUGUUAUUCAGUCUUUUGUAUUAGCUUUUGAUUUUGUGAACAUAGAUUAGGUUUCCUUUAAUCCCUUAAAAUACUGGAGAACUGACGAACUGGUGCAAUAUCUCUUUGUAAAUACCCUUUAAAAAAUAAAAUAUGACUCAUUCUUUGUAGCUUCGUCCAUUAGUACAGCAGAGAUGUAUUUUACCUGAUAUGCUGAAAAGUGGUUUUUUUUUUUAAUAUGGUAGAUAGGAGAACUUUUACUCUUAAUUUGCAAUUAAUUCAGACGAGGUCUUCAGCUGCUUGAAAAGUGCAAUUUGCUUUUGCACUUUGUAUAAGUAACUAUGCUGUUAAUUUUUAUAUGCAUCUCUCAUAAUACAUAAGCUGUCUUAGCAAAUUUUAAAUUUAUGUGGUUUCCAUCUGAAAUUUUAGGCAGUUGUUAACCAGAUUAAAACAAUAUUUUUAUACAAGUAUAUAAUCAGACAUGAUUUCAAAAACUCCCUAUACAUAAUCACUGAGGAGAUUCAUCACUAAGCAACCUCAUUGAAUAAUGAUGAUAAAAACAAAAACUCCCAAAUCAAACCCACGGUAAUUUGCUUUCACAUUAGAUUGUGGCAUCUUGCAUUUAUUGAUACAUCGGUAUUAAUAUUUCCCUGCAUGGUGCUCAAGACUGAGUAAUGAAAAGAUGACUAAAAAAAUUUGUCAUACAUGCCUACUCUGGUGAUUAUGUUCAAAUGGAAUGAACACAGACUAAGCAUGAUAUGUUCUGGCUGGCAGGUAGUGGUGAUAGUACAGCUACCACUAACUACUGGAGACAGCCUGUUGGGAUGAAAGGUUAAGGCUGUUUUAAAUAAAUAACAUGAUUUUG